AUUCAGCGGUGUAAAAAUGAUUAGGGACCAAUUCGUAUCAUUAGAACAAAAUAACUCAGCGCUCUAUGAAAGAAUACAAAAAGUUGGAGUCGGGACCGAACUCAACUUCACGGAUAACUGAACCAUUACCGAGAACGCGGCCGGAGUUGCUACCGUAGUUAGAAACGCCGCCGAGAAACGCCGUGAGGAAGUCAUCCAGGUUUGAACAGAGCAAUGCCCAUAACAAAGAGGUUAAUUGUAUCCCCACUUCUCCCAUCAAGCUCAUCUUUGGUAAUGUUGGGAAAUAAGUUCUCGACAACCGCAAUAACACUCUCUCCCAAGACAAGAUGUAUCUCCUGCACUCUUGUUAGAUCGAAGUUGAGUCCGAAUGUUGGUAGUCAUGUUGAGAAGAAUAAAAAAGGGAAGAAAAGAGAACACCACUUGUGGAAAAGAAGAGAUUCAGCCCAGUCAGGCCAAAAGGCACUCGCUCUUGUCAGAAUUAUCUUUGAACUCCCUAAUGAGAAAGAGGCUGUUUACGGGGCAUUAGACAAAUGGACGGCUUGGGAAACAGAGUUCCCGUUGAUCGCAGUGGCUAAGGCUUUAAAACUAUUGAGGAAAAGGGGUCAGUGGGUUCGUGUAAUUCAAUUAGCCAAAUGGAUGUUGAGCAAAGGACAGGGAGCAACAAUGGGAACAUACGACACCCUUCUGUUGGCCUUUGAUAUGGAUCAGAGAGUAGACGAGGCAGAAUCCCUGUGGAAUAUGAUUAUACACACCCACAUGCGCUCUGUCUCAAAGAAACUGUUUUCUAGGAUGAUUUUAUUGUAUGAUCAUCAUGAUCUGCCAGAUAAGAUUGUAGAGGUAUUUGCUGACAUGGAGGAGUUGCGGGUGAAACCUGACGAAGAUACAGUCAGGAAAGUGACAAGAGCCUUAAGGGAGCUAGGCCAAGAAGAGAAAAGGAAAUUGGUGAUAAAACGAUAUGGGCUUAAAUGGAAGUAUAUUCACUUUAAUGGUGAACGGGUCAGAGUUAAAACAAGUGUCUGGGAAGAAGACUAACUAUGACUGACAUUGUCUUGUUGAAUUAUGCCUCAGUUGUUGAACCAAAUGGUUGAGUUCAAAGAGUUAAUGAUCUUUCGUUAAAGUUGAAUCGAUUAGAACUAGGAAGCACCCGAGUUUGUUUCUCGAGAGCUAGAAGAUUAAAACUCAAAGGUUCUACCACUGUUGCAUUAUAGAAUAGAUUCACCAAUUUGAGAUAUUGUCAUUUACAUGGUUCUGGUUUAGCAACCUAUCAUCCAUGAGCCAUGCUAUACUUCAUUGAUAUGACUUCUGCAGUGUAAUAUACUAACAUGCAGUUUACUAAAAAUUCUCUUGCCAUUGGGAAAAGAAUGAAAAGAUAAUUGCAAUUAGUUACAUGUUUUAACAUGGAUGUAAGAAACAACACACGUAGCUCUCUAUUCCUAAAGCUGCAAAGAAUGCAAAUUUCAGGAAAGGAAUGGUGUUACCCUUUCAGGCUCUGUCACUGGUUUUUGAAAAUGUGAAUUAAUGUAAAUUCUUAUUCUCCCUCUUGUAUCAUAUCCAAUCAUUUUAUUAUUAGGUUUGACAUUUGUAUUUGUUUAGCUUUGACAAAUAUUUGGAUUGACCUUAUCUAUUUUUUUUCUCUACACUCAUUUAUAAUUAAAACCCACAUUGAUUAAACAUUGAGGGGUAAAUGUGAAAUCUAAAAUAAGAACUCUAUUGAAAUGAAGAAAGAUAGCUUGCAUUGUAUAAUGGAGAAAAAAGUUGCAACAAAUAUACUAUACAUUGAACAAGCUCGCCAUAC